CCUCUUUUGCUUCUCAGGUGACACAAGCAACCUCAGAAAAUCCAGAAUACAGAGGCUUCAAACUUCUAAAACCAGUAGCAGUCAGUUGAUUGUACCGAAGUUUGGGUGAAGGUGUACAUUUACCACUGUGGAAAAUAUUUCCCUGUUUCUGGUUGCUUCAUUUGGAAACUUCUCAGGAGAGCCAUGGGCUCAGACUUUAGCACAGCGAAGAUAGCGCAGGUCGCUUCUUGUUCCAUCUGCCAGGACCUGAUGUCUCACCCAGUCAGUAUCAACUGUGGACACACUUACUGCAAAUCCUGCAUACAGAGCUACUAUAAUAAUGUCAGUCCAAAGAAAAUAGUGAAGAAAAUGUUGGGCUGUCCUUUGUGUAGGAGUCCAUUUAGUUUAGAGAUGCUCCGGCCCAACAAGGAUCUGGAAAACAUAAUUGAUAUCAUCAAGGAGACGGAAGAGCAGGAUUGUGAGAUGCUGUGUGAGGAACAUGAAGAGAAGCUUGAUAUCUUUUGUGAAGAUGAGGGUCAGCUCCUCUGCUGGCGCUGUUACUGGGAUGCUCAGCACAAAGGGCAUACCUUGGCUCUUGUGAAAGAUGUACGUCAGGAGUACACUGAAAAGCUGCAGAAGUGUGUGACAAAAUUGAGUGAACUCCAAGAGAAUCACAAAGUUCAGAUCCUACUUUUAACAAGCCAGAUAAAUGCCUGGAAGGAUGCCAUAAAGGAUCGUAAACAAACAAUCAAGUCUAACUUCAAGAAUCUCCAAAGUUUUCUACAUGAAGAAGAGAAGUUUUACCUUUGGAGGUUGGAGAAUGAAGAAGAACAGAUGCUGAUGAGGCUGAGGAGCAAGGAGGCCGGUCCGCAGAAGCAUGAGGGAACGAAAUGCCAGAUUCAGGAACUGGAGGCAAAAUGUCAGGGCUCAGCCCAGAAAUUACUACAGGACGUGAAAAACACUUUGAGCAGGUGUGAGGCUAUGAAGAUAGAAACACUAACGGUUGAGCCCCUGGAGAUUCACACUGAAUGUAAUGUUUCUGAGCUUUACCUUGAUGUGAAGACAGUAUUAAGACGCCACCAAGUCAGUGUGAUUCUGGACCCCAGCACGGCCCAUCCUGAUUUAGCUCUGUCUAAGGAGCGAAGACAAGUAACUUACGAAGGCUGCCACAAGGACCUUCCGACUUCUGCCAAGAGGUUUUCUAUUUUACCCUGUGUCCUGGGCUGUGAGGGCUUCACUUUAGGAAAAUAUUACUUCGAAGUGUCUGUUGAGAAUGCAACCGCUUGGGAUGUGGGGGUCUGUAUAGAGAAUGUGCCGAGGGAUUUUAACAUGAAGAAGAAGCCUGAGCUUGGAUUCUGGACCAUCAAGAUGUCUGAAGAGGAUGGCCUUAUAGCUCUCACUUCUGCCCCUACUCCCCUUCUUCUGAGUGAGAAGCUCCAGCUUGUGGGAGUUUUUCUAGACUAUAAAGCUGGAGCUGUAUCCUUUUACAAUGUAACUGCUGGCUCCCAUAUCUUCACCUUCCCCAAAGCUUGUUUUAUUAGUGAUACACUGAGGCCCUUUUUCCAGGUUUAUCAACAUUCUCCUUUGUUUCUUCCUGCCAGAAUGAAUCAAAGAAAGAAGUAAAGUCCUCAUGGUUUACUUAAGUAGCACAGAAAGAAUAUUCAUAAAUCCCAAAAGGCAGAAACUUGGCUGCUCUCCACUGCUAUCUCAAUGCUUUUAAUGAACUUUCAAUAAAUAUGCCUUGAGUUGGUUUGUGGAAAAGGCUAGAAAUAGUACAAAUGGCCAGAUUAAUUGAAAGGAAAGUAAAAUAAUCCUGACAAUUAUAUCUUUUCUUCUCCUUCCCUUUUGAGCAAUGAUUUUUGACCUUCCUAAUGCUGUGACAUUUUAACACCUCAUGUUGUGGUGACCACCAACCAUAAAAUUAUUUUUGUUGCUACGUCAUAACUGUGAUUUUGCUACUGGUAUGAAUGAUAAUGUAAUUUUUUUUUUUUUUUUUGAGAAAGAGGUUUGCCAAGGGGGUGAUGAUCCAUAGCUUGAGAACCCCUGCCUUUUGUGAGUUCAGGACUUUGAUUUUAAAUACUCUUCAGGCUGGUGUUAAAGCGAUCCCAAGGUCAAAAGUUUGGGGUGUUUGCAUUUUUUUUCUUUUUAUCCAUCAAGUUCCUGUGUGAGGGACGAACGAGUGGCAAUGCCUUUUAACUGAGUAAAAGGAAAAGAAGUGAAAUAGCAUUAACUCAACCAUUGUUCUUGCUGCUGCUUUGUUAAAUUUAUUUUCCAUCAGGACACCAGAGGCAAAGUUGUAUGGGUAAGACCAUUUGAUACACAGUGACUAGCCAACUAGACCACCCCAUUUCAAAGAAGUAGAGCUCAACAUAUUAAAAUAACCCUUUCAAAAUGGAUUCAAGUACUGAGUGAUUCAAAAUAUACUGCCCCCAUGUUCAGAUGAAAACCUGGAGGUAAUUAUUGCUUUCUCUUCAUACCGGGCACACCGGUGGGGGAUGGUUUUCUAAAUUAAAUCAUUUGAAGUGGGAAAACCAACCUUUGAUUUGGGCCACAUCAUCUGGUGGGAGCCUACAUAACGGAAGAAGGAAGUCUCUCUCUCUCUCUCUCUCUCUCUCUCUCUCUCUCUCUCUCUGGCUGCUUGCCUUAGGUCUCUCUGGCAUGUCCAUUCUUUCAUUGUCAUUUCAACUUCUUUGGGAUUUCAAUGUAUACUGAAGACCAGCUGAGACAUGCAGCUUCGCAUACUAAGUAAUACUGGAUUCUUGGACUUCCCUUUGGUAGACAGCCAUUGUUGAACUGGCUGGACCAUAGCCUGUAAGUCCCGUUAAUAAAUCCAUGCUUUAUUUCUACUCUGUAAAAGGGAUAAGGGGACUGAAAAAAAUACUUUAUAGCAUUUUCAUCUACAAUUAAUAAUAUAUUUUGUAUGAAAUUUUUAGGAUAUAUUUGAAGUUUCUUAGAAAACUACAUAAUAACAAUAAAAUUCUUAAUUUUUAUUCUUUCUUUCUUUCUUUCAUCGUUUACAUAAUCUACACCAGAGCACAAACUCCACAGGGUGCUCUGGGCGGUUCACCAGGCUGUUAGCUAAUGCGUUGACCAGUAGAUGGCACUCUUGUGUUUUUGGUGCCUCUAGUCAUGUAGCCUUGCCUUUAAAAAAUGUAAAUAAUUCUCGGACCAAGAUCAAAUAAAUGUAAAAUUCAUCUGUCCUUACAAAUAAUUCUAAACAAUUUAAGCCAAAAAAAAAAAAUGUUUUUGAGACAGGGUCCCUCUUGAACUCAGAGAGCUCCUUUAGCCUCCAGAGAGCUGAGAUUAAAGGCCGGCACCAACACACCUGGCAACAAUAAUAAUAUAAUUUUCAUUCCGAUCGACAAAACUCUUUCCUUUUCUUCUCUUUCUCUUUCCUUUAGAUAAGGCCUAACUCUGUAUCCCAGGCUGUCGUUGAGUUCACUAUGUAGCCUGGUCUGGCUGUAGACUUACAGAUGCCCUCCUGCCUCAGCCACCCAAGUACCAUGUAAGUAUGUACUACCAUGUGCCAUUAGGAUUUUAUUUGAUUGAAUUUAGUUUUGAGAGACAGUUUGUAGUCCAAACUGACCUCAAACUCACUCUGUGGCAGAUGAUGACCUUGAUUAUUUUUUUGCAUCCACCUCUUGAAUGCUAGAAAUACAGAGGGCAUCACACAUCCAAUUUAUGAGACUCCAGUGGUCCAGUAGGGGCUUCAUACAUGAUAGGCAGGGAUUCUGCCAACUAAGUUAUAAUAUAUCCGUGGCCCCCUGGGUGGUUUUAAAUGUCAUUUCAUGGGAGCCUUGGGUCUUAUUUAAGUUCUAUUAAUUUCUUUUAAUUUAGCAUUUUUAAUAUUCAGCCUCAUUAGAUUCAGGUUUCAUCAUCCCAUCAGAUUCCGUGGCAGGUCAACUCUGAAAGUUUUGUACUGGCGUUCAGAUUUCUUCUGUGUAGAUCAUUCGGUGACUAUUUAGGGUCCCUUAGUAACAUUCUACCCAUUGUUCAAAUGCAAAAUUUAGAUCUCUAAAGAAAUACGAAGCGAAUUUUGAAAAUGAAAAGAUACAAACUUCUAAAAGAAUCCAUGUGUGUUCCAGGUUCUCUCGCUUGGAUCUUCCUGUAGUUAAAGCUGACAUCGGAGUGAAAACCAAAAAGUGAGCAAGGAUCAUAUGAACAUUUCAUACAGGAGUAGGUCAGGAUCCGCUUGAUGUUUUUAGAUGGUUUAAUCUGGCAGUAAGUAAAAGCAUUCCCUAGUAUUAUGAAUAUUUUCUAUGAACCACAUUCUUCUGACUCAGAUCAAUAUUGUUUGAUGUUGGUCAUAGGUGUUAUAAUACAUAAUGAUGAUGCGAGAGGGUACCAUGGUGGGCCCAUGCCAAGGUGUGCCCCCUGAGAAAUUACACCAUGGUAUGAUAUGGUAUAAAAAAAGUUUAUUGGGGUGGGAGAGGAAGGAGACCCUGGAGAAAGGGUAGAAUCAGCAAGCGAGCCAUAUAAGCAGACAGACAGAUCAGAAUAGAGCCAUGAGGGCAGAGAAGAGAUGGGCAGAGAGGGAAAGAAAAGGGGCACCUAGGACAUAGAGAGAGCUAGAACAGAGGAAACAGAGAGAGAACAAGAGCUGGGGUGGUGAGGGUCCUUUUAUCCAGCAGCCAUCUGGCAGCGGCAGGUGGUGACAAGGAUGUUUCGAGUCCCUGAGGGCAGGCCAGCAGAACGUCCUGCACACUAACAGUAGGUACUGAAGUAGAAGGAGAAGCUCAAGAAGGUGCUAAGCCUUCAUCUUCUGAAGGAGCAGAGGGGUUCAGCCUUCUUGGAAAAGACUGAGACCCAGCUAACUCCAGUUACUUUGUUCAAACAUAUACAAGGUCAAUUGGGGAUGGAAAAGGUUCCGACUAUCAAAGGGAUCUUUCUCUUGCUGCCUGUGAGAGCAGACAACCCACACAAAUCUCAGCCCCCUUUGAUUCUUGCUAGUCACAAUCAAAGGUAAGAACUCCGGGUUUCCUAGGAGUGACUAAGAUGGAGGUCAGUGCAACUGCACGUUCUCAAGCAGCACCAACCGCAGAUUCUCCAGAGAAACAACAUUUCUUCAAGGUUAAAACAGCCUCAAAACAAUUUCUCAGCCUCUACCGAUUAACCCCAAGGCUUUGCUGAAACAUUUCAUUCAAAGCCAGACACAAAGGCUUUAUUAUCCAUGUCACUACAGAUCAAUGGUCCAGACUCCGUCAGAGAUUAGGGUAGAACUCAACAGGUAACUUACAGGACACAGGAAGGGCACCAACACCAGACCACAGGACAGAGGCAUCUGGAAGAGGUCAGAUCAGGGAGAGAAAGUGUUAGGGUUUCGCAGUGGAAGAGUACCUUGGCAGAUCAGGGCCAAGGAAUGCCACAAAGAUCGGGCCAUGGAACAGAUCUCACUCAAGAGAUUUAUUGGAGAGUGGGGGGAAAGACCACCUCUGAGUGGAGAUAAGGGAGAGACGGAGAGAGGGCUAUGAUGGCGAAGAUUUUAUAAAGGGUAGGUGACAGUGCAAAUGUGUCACAUUUGGCUACCGGAGGUGAUGUGGCUGCUGGUGCUGAGUCCCUGAAGGCAGGCUGGGGGAGCACCUGGUUCCCAACAGAAGGAGUCCACUAAACAUGGCCAGCAGAUUGAAUUGGGCUGAAAGAAAUGAGGUUAGGGGUGAGGGCAAGAAAGGAGGACCAAGAAAGGAAAACAAAAGAGAGGACCAAGAGCACAUGGCUGAAAUGGCAGGGAAAACCCACAAAAUGAAGAAGUUUUGGGUGAGAAGGGCUGAGAAGAGGCACAGGUACAGAGCGAGCCUGGAGGAUACCACGGGCUUUGGUAUGCUAAAGGCAGCACAGAGAGCAGUUUUCCCUUUCUGAAACUGAUAAAGAACAGCUCCUUUGGUAGAAGAAAAUGGGUGCCAGGAUUGGAGGAGUAGAGUUUUCUUUGGACCUGACGCCAGCCAGCUUCCUUUAAAUGAUAGUACCUCUGUUCUUGGGAUUCCUUUGCCCUAUACCUGUGGUCUGACUUUAUUUCUACCCCCAAAAGCCUGUUCGGUCUUGCUUUUGUUUUCACUUUUCAGUUAAAAAGACAUAGACAAACUAAGAAAACAGACAGACAGACAAAAACAAUAACCAGAUGGCACCCACUUUCUGACGUCCUUAGAUGUCUGGUUUUUAUAGUUUUCUUUUGAACAGGCUCUGGUUACAGAUACUUGCACGUUUAAAAGGGCCAAAGAGAAAGAAUAUAUAAUGGUACGAUCUGCAAAAAAAGCCUAUAGAUUCUUCAUCUUAUUCUGCCAUUGGAUAGCUUUAUAAGAGAAAAUACUUACUAAGCUUUUUCAAGCAGACACGCACAAACCAGUUAUGGAUAUGUACAACAUGGGGUUCGGUUCCAAGGAAUUUUUUAAAUACUGUAAGACAGAGGCUCUGCCGCAGGGCCAGCCAUCCUAUCAGGCUGAACUAUAGACUUGUCAUUUGGAGUUACAGGUGUCAUCCUGUGGAUCCACCAUGCCUGUGUAAAGAAAGGAACACGCCCUAGGAGGGAGAAAUUUGGACUAUGAAAGUCCAUCUUGACCAGCCUCUCUGGCUCACUUUCAGAGACAACGGGAACUAGUUCUUCAUUCCUGCUCCCACUGUAAAUCUGGAAGCUAGGAGGUCUAAGCACAGCAGAAGCUAGAGGAAUUCCAGAGGGGACAUUUGCAGACCAGGGUCACCAUGCUCCCUCCUCCCUUUGGACUCACGGUAAUAUAAUACUACCCAUAAUGCUUCUGCAGGGCUAGCCGUGAGGGCUCCCAGAACUGGAUCUAACACAAAGAGUUUUACGAAUUUUGUUGUAUCUGCAAAUAAUAGGUUUGUAAAAUUAAAAAUAUCUGAUAUCCUUAA